AUGGCGGUCAAACUCUGUCAAGAGAAGAUGAUCCAACAAGAGUUCAUUUGCAUUUGCUGUGUGAUCUUUGAAGAGGGAUGGGACAAUGACGAGGUGAAAAUAGGUCACAAUCCUCCAGCUGCCUUGUCCCCACUGAGCCUUCAGUCCAGCCUUUGCAGUGGAAUGAGUUGUGAAAAGGGAAACGUCUGCGUCAUUCGGCACGAGCAGCCACAAUGCAUCCCAGAAUCUCAGACUUGUAACACCUUCCAAUGUCCAGCGGGGACUGGGUGUGAGAUAGUCCAGGGCAUUCCCAGGUGUAUCCCUUAUGCACAGUCUUGUAAUCGCAUCAGAUGCCAAGAAGGGAUGGUCUGUGAACUGCUGGAUGGUGUCCCUAGAUGUGUAGCAGCACCUCUGACAUGUGCCGACAUUCGCUGCCAAGAAAGCACCAUAUGUGUAAUAGCCAACAAUGUGCCUCAGUGUAUCCCAGUGCCUCUGUCUUGCCAAAAUGUCAGAUGCCACCCAGGAACUGCGUGCAACUUUGUUAAUGGUUGGCCUCAGUGUGUGCCCAUCCAGCCUUCCUGUGAUAAAGUCCAAUGCAAAGAUGGAACAGUGUGCGAGGUUAUCCAAGGCCAGCCAAAAUGUGUUCCGGCACCAGCAUCGUGCGAUGUCGUUCUUUGUGAAAGAGGAACCAUGUGUGAGAUAGUCAGGGGGCAUCCAAAGUGCGUUCCAGGGCCACCAUCUUGUCGUGAUAUAAAAUGUGAGGUUGGGACAGCAUGCAAGACGGUAGACAGCUUUCCCAAAUGUCUACCUGUCCCAAUCUCCUGCGACCAAAUUCACUGCAAACUGGGAACAAUGUGCGAGUUAGUUGAUAGCGUACCCACUUGCAUAUCGAUCCUACCAUCUUGCAACAGGGUGGAGUGCAAUCCAGGAAAUGUUUGUGAAAUGAUUGAUGGCUGGCCAAACUGUGUUCCAGCUAUCCCCAUGCCAUCCUGUGAUGGAAGUCAGUGCAAGUUGGGGACCAUAUGUGAAAUGUUUGAUGGGUGGCCCAGAUGUGUCCCCCUCCCCCAGUCUUGUGACAAAGUCAACUGCAAAGUGGGUACUGCGUGUCAUAUUGUUGAUGCAUGGCCAAAAUGUGUUCCUAUCCUACCUUCCUGUGAUAAAUUCCACUGCAAGCCAGAAACCACUUGCAAAAUCAUUGAUGGCUGGCCCAAAUGUGUUCCCAUCCCACCAUCUUGUGACAGAUACCGCUGCAAAGAAGGAACUGUGUGCAGAAUUGUUGACGAUUGGCCCAAAUGUAUUCCCAUCCCAGUUUCUUGUGACAAUGUGAGAUGCAAAGAAGGGACUACUUGUCAAGUGGUGGAUAACUGGCCCAAAUGUGUUUCCACACCACCAUCCUGUGAUAAAUACCAAUGCAAAACAGGGACUGUUUGUAAAAUGGUGGACAGUUGGCCCAAAUGUGUUCCCAUCCCACCAUCUUGUGAUAAAUACCAAUGCAAUGUGGGCACUGCAUGUCAGGUUGUUGAUGGGUUGCCAAGAUGUGUAUCCCUCCCACAAUCCUGUGCCAACUACCAUUGUAGUGUUGGAACCAUAUGUCAGGUUGUUGAUGGAUUCCCCAGAUGUGUCUCCACCCCACAAUCCUGUGCCAACCACCAUUGCAGCUUAGGCACCGUAUGUCAGGUUGUUGAUGGAUUCCCCAGAUGUGUCUCCACCCCACAAUCCUGUGCCAACCACCAUUGUAGUGUUGGAACCAUUUGUCAGGUUGUUGAUGGGUUGCCCAGAUGUGUCUCCACCCCACAAUCCUGUGCCAACCACCAUUGUAGCGGUGGAACCAUUUGUCAGGUUGUUGAUGGGUUCCCCAAAUGUGUUCCCAUGCCACAAUCCUGUGCCAACCACCAUUGCAGCUUAGGCACCGUAUGUCAGGUUGUUGAUGGAUUCCCCAGAUGUGUCUCCACCCCACAAUCCUGUACCAACUACCACUGCAGUGUAGGCACCAUUUGUCAGGUUGUUGAUGGGUUGCCCAGAUGUGUCUCCACCCCACAAUCCUGUACCAACUACCACUGCAGUGUAGGCACCAUUUGUCAGGUUGUUGAUGGGUUGCCGAGAUGUGUCUCCAUCCCACAAUCCUGUGCCAACCACCAUUGUAGUCUUGGAACCAUUUGUCAGGUUGUUGAUGGGUUUCCAAGAUGUGUUCCCAUGCCACAAUCCUGUGCCAACCACCAUUGCAGCUUAGGCACCGUAUGUCAGGUUGUUGAUGGAUUCCCCAAGUGUGUCUCCACCCCACAAUCCUGUGCCAACCACCAUUGUAGAGCUGGGACAGUAUGUCAGGUGGUUGAUGGGUUCCCCAAAUGUGUUUCCGACCCACAAUCCUGUGCCAGCCACCACUGCAGUGUAGGCACCAUAUGUCAAGUGGCUGAUGGGUUGCCCAUAUGUGUCUCCAUUCCACAGUCCUGUGCCAACUACCAUUGUAGAUCUGGGACAUUAUGUCAGGUUGUUAAUGGAUUCCCCAGAUGUGUCUCCAGCCCACAAUCCUGUGCCAACUAUCAUUGUAGAGUUGGGACUGUAUGUCAGGUUGUUGAUGGAUUCCCCAAAUGUGUUUCCAUUCCACAAUCCUGUGCCAACCACCAUUGCAGUGUAGGCACCAUAUGUCAGGUUGUUGAUGGGUUGCCCAGAUGUGUCUCCACCCCACAAUCCUGUGCCAACUACCAUUGUAGAGCUGGGACAUUAUGUCAGGUUGUUGAUGGAUUCCCCAGAUGUGUCUCCACCCCACAAUCCUGUGCCAACUAUCAUUGUAGAGUUGGGACUGUAUGUCAGAUUGUUGAUGGAUUCCCCAAAUGUGUUUCCAUCCCACAAUCCUGUGCCAGCCACCAUUGCAGCGUAGGCACCAUAUGUCAGGUUGUUGAUGGGUUGCCCAGAUGUGUCUCCACCCCACAAUCCUGUGCCAGCCACCAUUGCAGUGUAGGCACCAUAUGUCAGGUUGUUGAUGGGUUGCCCAGAUGUGUCUCCACCCCACAAUCCUGUGCCAACUACCAUUGUAGAGCUGGGACAUUAUGUCAGGUUGUUGAUGGAUUCCCCAGAUGUGUCUCCACCCCACAAUCCUGUGCCAGCCACCAUUGCAGUGUAGGCACUGUAUGUCAGGUUGUUGAUGGGUUGCCCAGAUGUGUCUCCACCCCACAAUCCUGUUCCAGCCACCAUUGCAGUGUAGGCACGAUAUGUCAAGUUGUUGAUGGGUUGCCCAGAUGUGUCUCCACCCCACAAUCCUGUGCCAACUACCAUUGUAGUGUUGGGACUGUAUGUCAGGUUGUUGAUGGGUUGCCCAGAUGUGUCUCCACCCCACAAUCCUGUGCCAACCACCAUUGUAGUGUAGGCACGAUAUGUCAAGUUGUUGAUGGGUUGCCCAGAUGUGUCUCCACCCCACAAUCCUGUGCCAACUACCAUUGUAGUGUUGGGACUGCAUGUCAGGUUGUUGAUGGGUUGCCCAGAUGUGUCUCCACCCCACAAUCCUGUGCCAACUACCAUUGUAGUGUUGGGACUGUAUGUCAGGUUGUUGAUGGGUUGCCCAGAUGUGUCUCCACCCCACAAUCCUGUGCCAACUACCAUUGUAGUGUUGGGACUGUAUGUCAGGUUGUUGAUGGGUUGCCCAGAUGUGUCUCCAUCCCACAAUCCUGUGCCAACCACCCAUGCAAUGUGGGGACCAUAUGUCAUGUUGUUGAUGGGUUGCCCAGAUGUGUUGGCAUCCCAAAAACCUGUGCCAACCAUCGCUGCAAAGAAGGGACUAUCUGUAAUGUUGUGGAUGGUACACCCCGCUGUGUUCAUGUAUCAGGAUCCUGCAGAAGUACCCAUUGUAAACAGGGAACUGUAUGUCAGGUCAUCAAUGGCUGGCCAAGAUGUGUGCAAGCAGGACAGCCCUGCCGCACAAUACACUGCAGCACAGGGAUGACUUGUGUAGUCGUGGAUGGUGUACCGAAGUGUGUCCCUGUUUUCCCCACACAAUCUGCUUGCUGGGCUUCUGGCCAGCCACACUACCACACUUUUGAUGGACGCAGCUACGAUUUCCAAGGUACUUGUGCCUACACCGUGGUCAAGACGUGUAAGCCUAAUUCCAAGCUACCAUUCUUCCAUGUUUUCACCAAGAGCCAGAAGAGCAGCAACACCCCAUUCUCCUUCGUCAGCCAGGUCAGCUUCACCGUCUACAGCUUCAACAUCACCAUGGUCAAGUACGAAUAUGGACUUGUCAGAGUCAACCAACUGCGCUCACGUCUGCCCAUCAGUUUGCAUAAUGGGAAGCUCUCUCUUUACCACCGGGGAGGCCAACUGGUCAUUGAGACGGACUUUGGCCUGAACCUUUACUAUGACUGGAAUUAUUAUCUAGUGGUCAAGGCUACUGCAGCCUUCCAAGGCCAUGUCUGUGGCCUCUGCGGCAAUUACAAUGGAGAUCCCAAUGAUGAUUUUGUGACCUCUUCUGGAGGUUUGGCCACUGAUCCAAUGGAGUUCGGCAAGAGCUGGAAGGUGGAGGAUGGAGAGGGAGCCUGCAGUCAUGGCUGCCAUGGCAAAUGUUGGCGCUGCUCCCCAGAGCUGACAGCCAGAUACCGAGGGGAAGCCUUUUGCGGAUUGAUGGCUAAACACAAGGACGGCCCUUUCCAUCCCUGCCAUCCAUUGCUUAAUUACAGACCUUAUGUAGACAACUGUGUGAGUGACCUAUGCAGCUUUGAUGGCUAUAAGCAGAUUUUAUGCCGAGCAUUAAAGACUUAUGCAGAUGCCUGCCAAAGAGAAGGAGCGGCAAUAUUGGAUUGGAGGAAACAGGCUGGCUGCCCCCUCUCUUGUCCAGAGAACAGCCACUACAUGGCCUGUGGUUCAGCCUGUCCUGCCACCUGCAGCAACUUUGAUGCACCCGAGAAGUGCCACCUCCCCUGCAUGGAGACUUGCGAGUGCAACCCAGGUUACGUGUUGGAUAGUGGCAGGUGCAUUCCUAGAGAGCGAUGUGGCUGCAUCUACCAAGGCCAGCUCUACGCCCCCAGUGAGCAGUUCUGGGAUGAUCAAUAUUGUCAUAGGCUUUGCUUGUGCAGGACUCAAGACAGGAGAGUGGUCUGCCAAGGAUCCCAGUGUGGGGAGAGGGCAGCCUGCCGCGUGGACAAUGGCAUCCGGAGCUGCUAUCCCAUGAAUUACAGUACCUGCUCUACCCUAGGCCAGUUGCAUUAUGUCACCUUUGAUGGGUUGCACUACGACUUCUACGGAACCUGCGUUUAUCGCCUGACCGAACUCUGCAGCCGAAGGACAAACUUCACUCACUUCCAAGUCCUUGUGCAACAUGAAGGGGAUGGCCCUAAAGACCCCUCUGCCACCAAGGUCAUUGAGGUCAAUGUCUAUGGGAUGACUAUCAUAGUCAGACGUAAAAAAGUCCUGCUGAACGGCUUGUUGAUCAACCUGCCAUACAACAUUGAACACAAUAAAGUCUCCCUUUACCACCAGGGAUGGGAUAUUGUAAUUAAGGCUGAUUUUGGUUUUACCUUGGCAUUUGAUGGGAGCAACAAUAUCCGUCUCACUGUGCCAGGAACGUACACGGGUCUUUUGUGCGGCUUGUGUGGCAACUUCAAUGGGGAUCCAGACGAUGACAUGCAGAACCGAAGAGGAGUGUCCAUACCUACUCCAGAAGCCUUCGGCAGAACCUGGAAGGUUCGGGACAUCCCAGGCUGUACAGAGGUGGAAAAGAAGGAAUGCACAGAUAUAAGGACGGUUGAGCUUGCUCAGAGGAAGGGCAAGGAGUGUGGGAUCCUUUUAGACGAGAACGGUCCCUUCAGGGGCUGCCACAGCAAGGUGUCACCAAAAUUGUACUUCCGAGACUGUGUCUUUGAUUAUUGCUCCACCAGGGACAACAGAAACGUUAUCUGCCGGAUUGUCUCUUCCUACGCGGCAGCUUGCCAAGCAGCUGGCGCCAAGAUCGAUGAGUGGAGAUCCACCAGCUUCUGCCGACCCGACUGCCCCGCAAAUAGCCACUAUGAAGUCUGUGCCAGCAACUGCCCCGUGACAUGCCGCAGCCUCUUCGACCAGACAGUCUGCACCACCCAGUGCCACGAAGGGUGUGAGUGCAAUCGAGGUUUCGUUUUGAGUGGUGACCGGUGUGUCCCCAUCUCCCAGUGUGGUUGCAUCCACCAAGCCUUCUACUACAGGGUGGGGGAGUCCUUCUAUCCCAACGGGUUCUGCAAGGAACAAUGCGUUUGCCACAUUGGUGGCAUCAUGCAAUGCCAGCCUUCCUCCUGUGGUCCACACGCGGAGUGUCGUGUUGUGGAUGGUGUCCAGACUUGCCACUCCCUCAUGGCCAGGACCGGGACUUGCCAUGUGUUCGGUGACCCUCACUAUCUCACCUUUGAUGGGCUCACAUUCGACAUCCAGAGCAACUGCACCUAUACCUUGAUAAGGAGCUGCACACACAAGCACUCCACUCCCUCCUUUUCUGUCAAUGUGGAGAACGAGAGACGGUCCAGGGGCAAAGUCUCUGUUACCAAGGCUGUGUCCAUCAUAGUCUAUCAACAUACCUUCACCAUGAUGCGGGAAAAGAGAGGCUUCGUCCUGGUGAAUGAUGCUGCCCGAUCCUUGCCUUUCCACCUGGUUGGUAGUGGGGUGCGUGUGUACUACCACGGUGACAACAUCAUACUUCAGACAGACUUCGGCUUGUACAUCUCCUUUGAUCAGUUCUACCAUCUCGCCGUCACAGUGCCUCACUCCUUCCAGAGACAGGUCUGCGGCCUGUGUGGCAACUACAAUGGCCAACGGAUGGAUGACUUCUCAACCCCCACUGGUGACAGAGCGUCAAGUAUCCAAGCCCUUGUAACCAGCUGGCAAGUGGACAAAUCAACAGUCUGCACUCAGGACUGUGGCGCUUUGGUGUGCGGAUCUUGCAAUGAGAGCCGGAAGGCCAGCUAUGUGCACAACAGCCAAUGUGGCAUACUGCAGGCACCAUAUGGUCCAUUCAGUGCAUGCUAUUCUACCAUCAACCCCACCAUCUUCUUCAGCAACUGUGUGCAUGACCUCUGCAAGGCAAGAGGGAACCGUGUUAUCCUCUGCCGUUCUAUCCACAGCUAUGUUACCGCUUGUCAAGCUGCUGGCAUUAACAUCAACCCCUGGAGGACACAGCAGUUCUGCCCCAUGAAAUGCCCAGCCAACAGUCAUUAUGAACUUUGUGCCAAAGCUUGCCCCAACAGCUGCAGAGAAGCAGCCAGCAUCACCCAAUGCCCUCAAACCUGUGCCGAAGGCUGCGAGUGCAACAAGGGCUACUUUAUGGCUGAGUAUCGCUGUGUGCCCAUUAGUCUGUGCCGGUGCUUCUACAACGGCACAUGGUUUAAGGUGGGAGUGAUGGUGAUGACAGCCGAAUGCAAAGAACAGUGUAUCUGCCGCCGUAAAGGUAGAGUGGUAUGCAAACCAUAUCAGUGUUCAACGGGAAGGUCUUGUGUCUUGAGCAACGGCAAAUGGGACUGUGUUCGGCAGGAGGGUCAUUGCACUAUCGCCCACGGAGAUGUCUUCACCACUUAUGAUGGGGUCUCUGGAAAAGUUCCUUCAGUCGGAUCCUACGAGAUCUCCUCGCUCAUUAACACCACGUCUUUGUAUUGGUUCCGGGUGGUAGUGCAGUUGCAGAAGUGCCCAACGUGCCCCACUCCUGUCGUGGUCUCUGCCAUCGUCUUCUUCCAGAAGCUUAUUGUGCGGGUGAACCAGGAGGGUUUAGCUUGGGUGAAUGAGAAUCCUACUCGUCUCCCGGCUCAGCCUUCCAAGGAAGUAUCCCUGAGCCUGACCCAGGGAGUGGUGACGGUGAGAUUCAGAUCAGAUAUACGUGUUCUCCUUGGCGCCAACGGAGAGGCAACAGUGGUUCUCAGUGGGUUGCUGUCCACCAAAGUACACAGAGCCUGUGGGAACUUCAACGGUAUUGGCGCAGAUGAUUUGCAGUUACCCAAUGGUACGGUAGCGAAUACCAUUGGAGAGGUUCUCAGCUACUGGAGAGUCAGAACGACAUCACCACAAGGUCCUGGGAAAAGCCAUCCUUAACAGAGUCUAAAAUUGAAAUCCACCUUCAGAUGCCCACCACUCUCUCUGGCCUGCACGUG